AGGAGAAACUGGGAGAUAGCAUAAAUCUUUGUAGACAACUUGGCUGCAAGCAGUUAAACUGAAAUUAACUUCUGCCUUCUGGCUGCAGAGUGCUAGUCUGACAUUCCUGCGUGAUACUCUGCAGACUAAAUCAUGCCAGCGUUAUCAACUGGAUCUGGAAGUGACACAGGUCUGUACGAGCUGCUGGCUGCAUUGCCAGCCCAGCUGCAGCCACAUGUGGACAGCCAGGAAGACCUGACCUUCCUCUGGGAUAUGUUUGGUGAAAAAAGCCUUCAUUCACUGGUGAAGAUUCAUGAAAAACUGCAUUAUUAUGAAAAACAGAACCCGGUGCCCAUACUCCACGGUGCAGCAGCCUUGGCAGAUGAUCUGGCUGAGGAGCUGCAGAGCAAGCCACUGAGCAGUGAGAUCAGAGAACUGUUGAAACUCCUCUCAAAACCCAAUCUCAAGGCUUUGCUCUCUGUUCAUGAUACUGUUGCUCAGAAGAACUACGAUCCUGUCUUGCCCCCCAUGCCUGAUGAUAUUGAUGAGGAAGAAGAUUCAGUUAAAAUAAUCAGGCUCGUCAAAAACAGGGAGCCAUUGGGGGCUACUAUUAAAAGGGAUGAACAUACUGGUGCAAUUGUGGUGGCCAGGAUAAUGCGUGGAGGAGCUGCAGAUAGAAGUGGUCUUAUUCACGUGGGUGAUGAACUGAGGGAAGUCAAUGGGAUUCCCGUGGAUGACAAAAAACCUGAAGAAAUAAUACAUAUUUUGGCUCAGUCUCAAGGAGCAAUUACAUUUAAAAUUAUACCUAGCGUGAAGGAAGAAAUGCCAGUGAAGGAAGGGAAGAUGUUUAUCAGAGCCCUAUUUGACUAUGAUCCUAAUGAGGAUAAAGCAAUUCCUUGUAAAGAAGCUGGACUUGCUUUCAGAAAAGGAGAUAUCCUUCAGAUCAUGAGCCAGGAUGAUGCAACCUGGUGGCAGGCCAAACAUGAAGGUGAUGCCAAUCCCAGAGCAGGCUUGAUCCCUUCAAAGCAUUUCCAGGAGAGGAGAUUUGCACUAAGAAGACCAGAAGUGCAGAUUCAGCCACUGAAAAUUUCCAACAGAAAAUCAUCUGGUUUUAGAAGAAGCUUUCGUCUUAGCAGAAAAGAUAAAAAAACAAAUAAAUCUAUGUAUGAGUGCAAGAAGAGUGAUCAGUAUGAUACAGCAGAUAUUCCAACAUAUGAAGAAGUUGCAAAAUAUAGACGACAACCUAAUGACAAAUACAGGCUUGUAGUUUUGGUUGGUCCUGUGGGGGUUGGACUGAAUGAACUUAAACGGAAAUUGCUGAUCAGUGACACCCAGCAUUAUGGGGUAACAGUGCCACACACUACCCGACCAAGGAGAAGCCAAGAAAGCGACGGUGUCGAAUACAUUUUCAUUUCCAAGCACUUGUUUGAGACAGACGUACAGAAUAACAAGUUUAUCGAGUACGGCGAGUAUAAGAACAACUACUAUGGUACAAGUUUAGAUUCUGUUCGAUCCGUUCUAGCUAAAAACAAAGUUUGUUUGUUGGAUGUGCAGCCUCAUACAGUGAAACACUUACGGACAUAUGAAUUUAAACCAUUUGUUAUAUUUAUAAAGCCUCCAUCACUUGACCGUUUGAGAGAGACCAGAAAAAAUGCCAAGAUUAUUUCAAGUAAAGAUGAUAAGGGAACUGCAAAACCCUUUACAGAAGAAGAUUUUCAAGAAAUGAUUAAAUCUGCCCACGUGAUGGAGAGCCAAUAUGGCCACCUUUUCGAUAAGGUGAUCGUCAACGAUGACCUCGCUACAGCUUACAGUGAGCUUAAAACAACUUUUGACAGGUUGGAGACCGAGACCUUCUGGGUUCCCAUCAGCUGGCUACAUUCAUAA